AUGGGAGCAUCACGAUCGUUGAUAUGUCUUUGUCUUCACUCAUCAAGAGUGGCAGCGCGCCCUGCUCUUCGACAAGCAUCUACCAUCCUCCCUCGGACAGCACCAUGCCAGACCGCACGGUCAUUCACCUCAAGUCCUGUACUCUUCAAGAAAAGCAAGGCCAGCAAAUCAAAAAAGGAGGACGAGCUUGACGAUGGCAUAGAUCUACCCAAAUUCACCAUCGAGCCGCAAGGAAGACAGAACCCGGCGUUGUUGGAUAACCUGAAGAUCGAGCUGCCAGAAUGUGCGUUGCAGUUGAAAGAUGUUGCGAUGGCAAGUUUGAAGGAUGGAGAGACAAUGUUGGUUAGUGUGUUUGAGGAAGAGGUGGCACGAAACAAAAUGGCAGCAGAAAUCUCCAAAAUCGGAGAAUCCUCAAAAACAGUCCUGAAACGCGCACGUCAAGAUGCGUUGAAGUUGCUUAAGAGUGCGCAGUUGCCGAAGGAUGCGAAUAAGGAGAAGGAGGUGGAGGUUGAGGUCGAGAAGGUUAUGAAGGAGGGGAGUGAUGGGGUGAUGAAGAUUGUGGAGGCUACGAAGAAGGCUGUGUUGCAGUGAGGG